AUGGCCGCGAUGCCCGCCUUCUCGCUCCCGUGGGGCCGGCGACGGCUGCUCCUGGUCGUAGCCGGCGCCGCGACCGCAGCCGGGGCGCUGGCCGUUCUGGUGGUGCUGGCCCGCCGGCUGCGCCUGCUGCUCGCCGGCGACGUGCUGCUCGCGGACCAGGGCGCCUACUACACGGUCGCGCUGCAGGACCGGAUGCUGCUGACGCACAACGUGCGCCUGCUGCGGUUCUCGCUGCCCGACCCGUCGCAGCGGCUCGGCCUCCGCCCCGGCGAGCACGUGUACCUGCACGCGCACCAGGGCGGCCGCGCGGUCGUGCGCCCCUACACGCCGGUCAGCCUCUGCGACAAGCGCGGCACCUUCGACCUGAUCGUCAAGGUGUACGUGGGCGACGCCUCGGCGGCAGUUCCCGGCGGCGGAGUCAUGUCGCAGUACCUGGACCAGCUCGCGCCCGGAGACGAGAUCCAGGUGCAGGGACCCAAGGGCCGGUUCGUGUACGAAGGGCGCGGCCGCUUCGCGCUGGUGCGCGACCCCUACCGCCGGCUGCCGCCGGCGGUCCGGCUGGGACUGAUCGCGGCCGGGUCGGGCAUCACCCCGAUGCUGCAGCUGCUGCGGCACAUGUUCGCCGACCCGCUGGAUCGCACCGACGUCGUCAUGGUGGACGUCAACUCCACGCAGGACGACAUCAUCGCCCGCGAAGAGCUCGACGGUUACGCGCAGCUCUUCAGCGGCAACUUCAGCAUCUGGCACGUGCUGAGCAAGCUGCCGGCGACUGGCGCGCCGGCCAACUUCCUCCAGGGCCGACUGACCGCGGAGAUACUGGCCGCGCGGCUGCCGCCUCCUGGCGUCGACACGAUGGUGCUGUGCUGCGGGCCUCCGCGUCUCAUCAGCGAGGUGUGCAAGCCGGCGCUGAGGGACAUCGGCCACUCGGCCGAGCAGGUGCUCAUCUUUUGA